UGCUCAUGGAGGGAGGUCUUGCAGAGUGGAAACUUAAAUAAAUCUAAGGUCAUGGCAAAACAUCUCAAGUUCAUUGCUAGGACCGUGAUGGUACAAGAAGGGAACGUGGAAGGUGCAUAGAGAACCCUAACCAGAAUCCUCACCAUGGAUGGGCUCAUUGAGGACAUCAAGCGUCGACGUUACUACGAGAAGCCAUGCCGCCGGCGACAACGAGAAAGCUAUGAAACCUGCCGGCGGAUCUACAACAUGGAAAUGGCUCGAAAGAUCAACUUCUUGAUGCGAAAGAAUCGGGCAGAUCCAUGGCAGGGGUGCUGAGUUCUGUAAAUAGGAUGCAAUAGGAAAACCUUUGUAUGCUUUGUGUCUCCACCUCUUCUUUCUACAGUCUCAUUUUCAGAUACCUUUCUCUACAAUAAAUUCAGUUCCAUGU